GCCUUCCGGUCGAUUCGCUUGGGGUGCGCUCCUGGUGCUAUGGAGGGCACGGAUGCCAAGGCUCAGGCAGAGCCGGAGGUGCUGGUCCUGGCGCGGACGCUGGGCGGCCGGGAGUUGGAGUUCCGCCUGCCGGGCCACGAGCAGGUGUCCGCGUUGCGGAGACGUGUGGCGAAAUCGCUGAAAGCUCCCCACGCCACCCUCCGGCUGGUGCACCAGGGCGACACCCUGCAGGACACCUCGCUGCUGUCGAGCUUCGGCAGCGAGCUGGAGGUCUUUGUGGUGAAGACCCCGGGUCAGGAGUCGGACUAUCGGCUGCUCUUCAAAGAGUUCGCGCAGGCGGUGGAGUCUGGGAGGCAGAAGGAGGCUCGAGAUCUUCUGGAUCAGGGCGCCGGCCACGACGCCGAGGGCAGGCUGCUCUUCGAGCGUGGCAGCAACGCACUGCAUCUGGCAGUCCGCGCCCAGUUGCAGGAGCUGGCGCUGUACCUCAUCCAGCAGGGCACAGACCUGGAGGCGAAGAAUGAGAUGGGCCGCACCGCCCUCAUGCAGGCAUGCAUCAAGAACAGCGAGCAGGUUGUGGCUGCAUUGCUGGCGGCUCGGGCGGAGGUCAAUGGCAAGGACCGGUCUAGCAAGCCCGCGUUGUAUUACGCCUUCAAGACCCCGGCCAUCGUGAAGAUGCUGAUGGAUGCUGGACCAGACGAGGCGGAUGUUCAGCAGUGGUCGUACCUGCUGGAACAGGAGCCAGGCUCUGCUGCUGAAGCAUCCGCGGCCUCGCGGCCCUGUGGCCUUGCUUAAGGACUCCAUUCGCGACUCCAAGCUGGAGCAUGAGAUCCUCACAUUGCAGCUGGAGGCGCGGCUUUCCCUUGCAGCGGCUCCCUGGGCAGCUUGUCUCAGGAGGUUUCGCUUCUGAGGACGUCAAGCCAAGCUGUGGGCGCGGCUGGUUCCGCUGUGGAAUCCACUGUCCCCUUUGUGUCGAAGGUUCAAUGAGCAGCGCCCCACGGCGUUCCCUUCGUGACUUACUCACCAAGACAAGUUCUACGGCCUCGGCGGACGCAUGCCAAAGGCAGCGCUAGGCAUAUCCGCUUUCCGCAUGCCGGAAAGGCUGCAGAGAGCUCAAGCGAGGCAGACCUGCCGCAAGCCGUGGA